GCACUGUGGCACAAAGAUUGGAGUUAGGAAACUGCUCCUCUGUGCUAUGAUGGAGGGAGAUGAACUCUGCUUCCCACAACUCUUCAACUCCUCCUGCAGAAAGCCAAAGCGUCCUGAAUUUGAAGUCAUGCUGAUUCACAUCCUGCUGUCGUCCAUCUCUCUGCUCACUGUCAUCCUCAACCUGCUUGUCAUCGUCUCCAUCUACCACUUCAGGCAGCUCCACACUCCCACCAACCUCCUCCUCCUCUCUCUAGCUGUCUCAGAUUUCUUUGUAGGACUCCUCAUGUGCUUCCAGAUCAUGCUCAUAAAUGGAUGCUGGUUCCUCAGUGACCUGAUGUGUGUCUUGUAUCAGUAUCUAUCAUACAUCAUCACCUCUGCGUCAGUAGGAACCAUGGUGCUCAUAUCUGUUGACCGCUAUGUGGCCAUUUGUUAUCCUUUACAUUAUCCCACCAAAAUCACCCAGAGGAGAGUUCAGAUCUGUGUCUCUUUGUGUUGGCUCUGUUCUGUUUUCUUGCAAAGUCUAAACCUGAAGGACAAUCUGAAACAACCUGGGAGGUAUAACUCCUGCUCCGGAGAGUGUGUGAUUGUUAUUGAUUACAUUGCUAGGAUGGCAGAUCUCAUUUUGACUUUUGUUGUUCCCAUCACUGUCAUCGUGAUUCUGUAUCUCAGAGUGUUUGUGGUGGCUGUGUCUCAGGCUCGAAUCAUACGCUCCCACAUUGCAGCUGUAAGUCAGCAGCACUCAGUCACAUUGACCAUUAAGAAGUCUGAGCUGAAGGCAGCCAGGACCCUCGGCGUUGUCAUCAUCGUGUUUCUGAUGUGUAUGUGUCCGUUUUUCUGCGUGACGCUCACAGGACAAGAUAACCUGCUCAAUGCCUCCUCUGCUGCCUUCAUUAUUUGUCUCUUCUACUUUAACUCGUGCCUAAACCCAAUCAUCUACGCCUUCUUCUACCCCUGGUUCAGAAAAUCUAUUAAAAUGAUUGUCACACUUGAAAUCCUGCAGUCUGGCUCUUGUAAUGACAACGUGCUGUAG